AUGUUUUUGAAAAACAUCAGUAUAAAUGUAGUUGCUAUAUGCUUUCUUAUCUUAUACACAAGAAAUGUUUGCGGUGAAAAAGAAGAGAAUGAAAUACCAGAACGAUAUUCGAUUGCAACUUUUAGUUGGGAUGAAGUUAAUUUACCCCUGAUUAUUGCUGUUUGGUUGCUAGUUGCAGCUGUAGCCAAAAUAGUGUUUCAUAUAUGGCCAAAAGUAUCAGAAAUUUUUCCGGAUAGUUCGUUACUAAUUAUGGUUGGGCUUGGAGUGGGUAUAGUGCUGAACCUUAUCGGUGUUGACCGACACAAAUUCUCAUUAGGAUCUGAAAUUUUCUUCAUCUACCUGUUGCCGCCGCUUGUAUUUGAUGCAGGUUAUUUUAUGCCGGCACGCCAAUUUUUUGAUAAUCUGGGCUCAAUUCUGACGCUCGCUAUUAUUGGUACUCUGUGGAAUUUCAUUGCAGUGGGUAUUUCAUUGUGGGCCAUAGGAAAAACAGGAAUCUUUGGAAUGGAUAUGUCGUUGCUUCACUAUCUUCUAUUUGCUUCCCUUAUUGUUGACGUUGAUCCUGUUGCCGUUAUUGUUAUCUUUGAGGAGAUGCAAGUCAAUGUUGAUCUAUACAUUGCCGUAUUUGGUGAAUCUCUGCUGAAUGAUGGUGUUUCUGUGGUAAUAUAUAAGACCAUGCUUGCUUUUACUGAAAUGACAGAUAAUGGGCAAACGUUAAUCGCCAGGGAUUACAUUUAUGGCUGUUUAAGCUUUUUUGUAGUUUCAUUUGGUGGUCUUGCAAUUGGAUUAAUUUUUGCCUUCAUCGCUAGUUACGUGACAAAAUAUACUGGCAAUGUUAAGAUACUGAACCCGGUGUUUGUAAUUGUGCUUCCAUUUUGUGCAUAUUUGGUGAGCGAAAUGUUUGGACUUUCCGCAAUAAUUGGAGCUGUAUUUUGCGGUGCAGCAAUGAGGCCAUAUGUUCAGGAGAAUAUUCCCGAAAAAGCCUAUUCAGCUAUCAACUACUUCGUAAAAGUGCUGUCGUCGUCGUCAGAAACAGUAAUUUUCAUCUUCCUCGGUUUGUCGACUGUUUCCAGCGAUCAUCAAUGGAACAGCGCGUUUAUUGUAACAACAGUGACACUCUGUAUUUUAAUUCGUACAUUAGGUGUUGUUGUUCUCUGUUACUUCCUCAAUAAACGUCGACUAAAUCAGUAUUCUAGAGUCGAUCAAUUUAUUAUUGCUUACGGUGGCUUACGGGGAGCUAUCGCAUAUGGUUUGGUUGUUGCAUUACCAGAUACACUACCUUGUAAAAAAAUGUUUGUGACUUGUUGUAUUAUCGUUAUUUAUUGGACUGUAUUCUUGCAAGGGCUUACGAUACGACCAAUUGCCAGUUUCUUAGAAGUUGAACGUAAAAAAGUUUAUCGUAAAAAAAUGAUUGACUAUAUAUACGAAAAUCUUAUUGAUCACACUAUGGGCGGUAUGGAGGACAUUGCCGGUAUCAGAGGACAUGCUUCAUUACGCAUUGCUUUUGAGAAAUUUAAUAAGCGAUAUCUGAAGCCACUUCUGAUCAAACGGAAGAAGAGAGAAACAAUGGGGCAUUCGAAGCUAAUCCGUGCGUACGAAAACCUAAGGGCAACAGACACACGUGAUUUACUGAGAAGGCCGGAGGAUAUGAUGCAAAACACCCUAUUUGUUCAACUUCUGACAGCGCGGUUAGUAAGGCUAAACUGGCUUUUUGUUAAAAAGCACUUAGAGCUAUAA